AUGGAGACCGGCGAGACCGGCCCAACCCCACCAUCGGCGUCCGCGGCGAAGAGCGUCCCGAUUGGGACAAAGGAGACGCAAGUCCCUAUCGCCGCCGCGACCUACGCCACCGCCGCGAUUCAAAAGACCAAGCAGACUCCCGAGCAGCAGACCCAACAACAACACCGUGCCAAGGCUUUGACCCAAAUGUUCGAAGUCAUGGGUGCUGUACCGGGCAAUUGCACCGACCGGUGGUUGCAAGCCACCUUCGCCACCGACAAGUACCCUGUCGCUACCGCUACAUCGCUCAAGUAUUCGGCUCUCAACGCCAAUUGAUCCAUUCGAAACAUCUUCGACUUUGCUCUCGACGUCACUUUGACCGUCCAAGGCGCCUCGAAGGCCUCUCCCGCGGACAAGGCCGAUCUGCUCGGUUGCGUCACGAGACUGCUCUCCCCGCAAUCGCCCCUGUGCUUCGACGCCGAGGUCACCCUUCCCGAGCACCUUGCGGUGUUUGCGCCCCAGAUUAGGGGUAUCCAACACUCGUCUUUCGUCAGGGCCGGUGUGGUCAACCACCGUAUCUCCGUGGGAUUCGUUUCGGCGAAGGCACGUGACUCGGCGCUUACGGCCCCACUGGCACUUACUUGGCACUCUGCAAAGGCUCACUUCGCAAAGGCCCACCACUUCUACCACAACAUGGUCGAGCUGCGUAUCAACGUCGGUGUCGCAGCGGUCCCAUCCAGGGAUGCCAUUGUUGACUCUUUUAAAUCAAUUGUCACCAAAAUCACAGCCAAGGGACACCGUUGCGAGCUGGUACAAGUCUUGCGCGUGAUCCUCGUCGAUAACGACUCGGCCUAUGCGCACUUGGCCGGCGAGUUUUUGGCCUUUAUCCGCUUCGACGACGACGCCCUUUUCAAAGCCCCUAACAACACGCUGAGGGAGCUCCUACCGUCGAAGGUCUCUCUAGCCACUAGAGGCAACAUGCAUACGGCGGUUCAUCACGACUACGAACGAGAAGCGGCCUGUGCUCGGUGCCACUUUGUGGGGCAUGUGGAGACCUGCGCGCUGGAACAGGAGAGGAGGCAGAAGGAAGCGAACAACAACACCGGAAGGCACAACAAGUACCACAACAACCCAACCAACACCAACAACACCGACAACGACACUUCCGAGGUUGUGGCCCCUAGCCGUGCCCUCGGAACCGACCAACUCGAAUUGCGGAACCAAUUUGCGGGGCUCGAGGUCGAAGGAGGACAGGAGGAUGACGUCGAGGAGGAGGAUGCAGGAAAGGAGGGCGAGGAAAAGGAGCAGGUCGAAGAAGGAGACGAGGAUACGGGCGCCAAGGCGGACGACGAGGAUUCGGACUCGGAUGGGAACGCCGGAGCGGGCAUCGACAAGGCGGGAGGCGACGACAAGGACGACGACAAGGACGACGACAAGGACGAACAGGACGACAGCUCGGAGGGAAGCGAACAAAGGGAUGACGUGAUGAAAGAUGGAGCAGAGGAGGAGGACGAAGGGACGGAGACGGAGGUGGAAGAAGAGGUCGAGCAGGAACAGGGGGUACAGGACGACAGCAUCAUGAUCAUCGACGACGACCAAACGACGAUCACCACGGUUUCCCGCGAGUCGACUCCUCGGAGUCCCUCGUGGCCUCCACUAUCUCCUGAGACGUUGGCAAAGUCGCUGCGCGAGGGUGCGGAGUGGGACCGAGCUAACGCCGAAGCUGCUGCACGUGUCCAAGCAGAAAAGGAGGUGAUCAUCAACGCCCAACUCGACGCGGAGGAACCGCUCGUUCGCCACCAAUUUGCAGAGUGGGGUCAGGAAGAUGGACAACUGCGAUUCAUCAACAUUCGUGGCACCGGCUCCGGGUCGAACAAGAAGAUGAAGAGGUCGCAAACGGUGGCCAAUCUCAGUGAUCCGAGCGACGACCCGGUCGAUAUCAAGCGCGUUCUGAACAGGGUCAAAGGUCGAGCAGGAGAGGAGGUAGCGGGUCAGGGGAAGAGGGUGACGAGGUCGAUGUCGGCGGCGGCGGCGAUGCAGGUCGAGGGGGCCAAGGCGAAAGCGGAGAAGGGUAAAGGGGUGGAGGAGGAGAAGCGCUGGUCCGACCACAAGCCCGAGAAUGACAUUCUCCCCGAAUUCCCACUCUUUGAGGACAACACUACCGCCAAGAGCACGUCUACAUCGUCUACCCAAUAAUGAUCAAGCACACCAUCACCAGCUGGAACGUGAGGAAGUGCAUGGGGAUCCCGGAAAAGCGACGCAACAUUUACACCUAUUUAUCAACAUUCAAAGCAUCCGCCAUUCUACUACAAGAACACUUCAUCAAACCGGAACUCUGGCAAUGUAUCAAGGACGACUACGAGGGCAAGGUCUUCAUCAGCAAACACUGUCUGACUCUGAUCCCCACCGACUCACCCCUGAUCGACGCCGAGAUUUUGUGCACCCACUCGGCACUCGACGGACAAAUCCUGGUCACCUCCUUUCGACUUCAAGGCGACAUCCGGAUACUCGAGAUCAACAACAUUUACGCACCAGUUGAUACAAAACAACAACUCACAUUCUUUGACAAACUACAUUUCCACAGGACGCAGAGCACCCACCUUCGACUCCUCGGCGGCGAUCUCAACGACUGCCCACUGCCGGCGGUCGAUCGGCGGAACCAAGGUCGGCACGGCCAUCACUGGCCGAUCCUGAUCGGCAAGCUCGACUCGCCCUACACCGACUGCAUACGAUUCAAACACCCGCUCACACCAUCUUUCACUCGACCCAACAUCGUCCGCAAGCGACCAAAGUCCUUUUCACAACUUGACUACUUCCUUCUGCAGCGCACCCACCAAAAGCGACUCGUCCAAGCCUCGACGAUCUACGACCACCCCAAGGACCUUUCGGAUCACCGACCGGUCUCGAUCGUCCUAGUUCUCUCGGAUGAGCGAGGAGACGCGGCUCAACCCAACAACAGUUUACCAACGACAUCAAACCAAUUACAUCGUAUCAACGCGGAGACCUUCAAGACGGCGGAGUUCCAGGGGAUGUUGGAAGGAUGGUUGGAAGGAGCGAGUGGGGAGGAACCGGUGGGGGAGCUCGAGGUGGUGCUGGGGAACUGCGCGAAGGAGGGUCGGGAGCUGGCGAGGAGGGAGCAUUGGGAGCGGGUGGAGCGGAUGGCGGUCUUGGUGGGAAGGGUGCAGGAUCUGGAGGCGUUGCCGGUGAUGGGGGACGAGGAGACGGCCGAAUGGACGCGGACGACGGAGGAACUUAGGCGAGCGGUCAACGAGCGCGCGCGCCAACUUCGGAUCCGAGCCCACGUACCCGAAAUCGCUACCGAGGAACGACUGUCGCGGCCGGUCCACGCCAAGCUCGCGGCACGGAGUUCGGAUUCCAAGAUCACAGCACUGCGAUUGCCCAACGGAGAGCUGACACAUGACAUUGACGUCGCGCUUGACCACACACAGGCGCACUUUCAGCGCCUCUACGAUCUCGAGCCGCGCGACUUAGGGACGAUUUCUUGGCGCCGAUCAGGUCGGCGCGCACUUGCGAUGACCCGAGCUCGGACCCGCUCUUUCUGCGACGACUCUCGGAAGCGCACAUCGAGCUGCUGCAGCAACCCAUCACCGAGGACGAGGUCGUAGCCGCAAUCGCAACAACACACCCCGGUCGAUCGCCGGGUCCAUCUGGCGUGCCCUACGAGCUCUAUCACACAGCGCCGCGGGCGUGGGCCAAGGCGCUGAGCAGGGCCUUCAACGCGAUGACCGAGCGCGGCUCGCUUUCACCGAAGCAGGGGCAAGGACUCGCUCGCCUGCUCUUCAAGCACCACAAGAUCGGGGCCGAUCGCGCCGAGCUCUCGUCGUACCGGCCCAUCACCUUGCACGAGUGCGACUACAAGCUCUUCACCAAGGUCUACGUUGCACGACUCAACCACGUGCUGCCGGACCUGCUCCCACCGCAACAGCACGGCUUCGUCAAGGGCCGCCGAUCGGCGGACGCGUCAUUCCACCUGCGACUCUUGAUCGAGGAGCUGGGCGCGCGCGGCACCGAGUUCCCUGAUGCGGCGCUCUUGUCUCUUGACCAAUCGUCGGCUUACGACCUCGUCGAGCACGAAUGGAUCUUCACCAUCUUCGACGCUCUCGGCGCUCCUGCCGCCUUCCAACGCGUUCUGAGGAUGCUCUGCACCGUCGAGGCAUCGCGCUGAACCUCUCGCUUCCUACCAUUCACCCCUACCCACAGAGCCGCGCCAUUACAUCCCUUGCGUUUGCCGAUGACGUCGUCGUCGCCGUCGCGGGCUCGGAGUCACUCAACUUGCUCGACGACCUGGCGCUCGACUGGAGGCUCGCAACCAAUGGCCAGCUCAACACCGACAAGACCGUCAUACUACCCAUCGGGUGUCGCUGGGAGGCUGGCGAUCGUCCGCUCGUCGUCAAGGCCGAGGGUGAGUCGCUCGAGUGGAUCGGCCUAUCUUUCGACCCCACCGGCAACACCGAACUCGCCAACGUGAAUCUUGUCGCACGGCUCGAAGCGGUGCUCGAUUCGGCACGGGACCGAGUGCUCACACACCACACCCGAGCGUUCUACGUCAACCGAUACGCCAUUCCCAAGAUUCUGCACAUCCUCUCCGCCGACAUCCCACCGCUCGAGGUCGUCAAGGAGCUUGAUCGCAUUCUCGCCGACUUUGUCCGCGGCGGCAAGAGGAGGUCGUGCUAUGGCAAGGACGUCGUCUUCACACCGAGGUUCAAGGGGGGUCUUGGGGUCAUGCGGAUGCAGGAUGUCGUCGACUCGGUUGCGGCACGCGUCUGGGACGUGCUUCUUGGCGGUUCGGAUGCGAUCUGGCAGGGACUUGCGCGCGUGGCGAUUGUACGAGCCCAUCCCGCCCCCGACUUUGACUUGGCAACCGAUGCGUGGCCUUGCGACUACACUCCGAUCCGAACCGAUCUACACCCAAGAUGGCAGGCCGUGCUGAAGGUACCAUCGACGCACAAUGCGCAAGUCAAGCCGAGGACGUUGACACUCGCGAACCUUCUCGCUCUUCCGAUCAAGUUGCACACCCUUCACUACCUACCGGGAGCACCAGCUGUGUCGCGACCACCCUACGACGCCGACUAUGCUGCGUUUGCCAUUUACGCCAAGGUAGCGGACCUGUUUCGACGCGAGCUGUACCCGGGCGGGGGCUUUCAUCUCUGGACGCCGCCGACGGAUGUGGUCGUCAGCAACAGCGAAUACGAUCAACGGGGCCGCCCACAACGAGAGCACAUCGUGGCAUGGUACCGACAUGCGAUCAAUCGAUUGAGGUUCACACCAAUAGCUCAACCGGUGGCGGCAGUACGAAUCAACGGGCCUCCCCGAGUCCGCCCCACCACGCCGCUCGAGUCGAUCCUGCCCCAUCCGAUCGACCCGCCGCAGCGCCUUCCGAGACCGGCUCUCCCAGACCAAUCAACACAAUACAACUUGCUCAGCAUGGAUCGGCCAUACACCAUCCGUCGCGUCCGCCGAGUCUUGAAUGCAAAGGCCUUCACCGACACGAUCGGUUUCAGGGACUCGCUGCAGCCCGACGAUCUCAAGGGAUUCUGGAAGGGGGUCAACUCGAAGGCAUUGACGGCGAGGGAACGCGAGGUGUGGUUCAAGCUCGUCAGGAACUUCACCCCGACUCGGAGUCUGCAGUUUCAUCAAAAGCACGACGACUCGCCCGCGUGCCUCGUCUGUGGAGCACCCAAGGACGAUCGGGAGCACUACUUCUUCGACUGCGUUGACUCUAGGAAUGUUUGGAUCGCGGCAAGGGGCGUGCUCUGCGACGCACUGGGGCUCGACACGAUCGACAACACGCAUUACACGGCCGUUCAACGCAUGUUCGGACUUCCGAAGCUCAAGGCCAGUCUGCGCGAUCAGGAAGGAGCGGGGAGGACGAUCGAAAUAUUCACCGGGCUGGUCUUGGAGAUGAUCAGCAGCGGGAGGUGGGGGAUGCAGAAGUGGGGGACGAGGCUGGAGGGUGUUGGGAGGAGGAGGAUCAUCUUGGAGGAGAGGUUGAAGCUGAGGGCGGGAGGAGCUUGGGGGAGGAGAGGGCAGUAG